AUGGUUGGUGGAUUACCAAGUUCAUCAUUAUGGAAUAUAGAAUAUGAAGAUUUGUUAUUUAAAGAAUUAAUUGGUAAAGGAAAUUUUGGGUGUGUUCACAGAGGUAGUUAUUUGGGUGUAGAUGUAGCAAUAAAAAAGAUAACAAUGUUUGAUGAUGCCGAGUAUUGUAAAUAUACAGAAAGAGAAGUUAAAGCGUUAAGGUAUAUUAGACAUCCAUUGGUAGUUCAUUUUUUUGGUGCAUGUAGGCAUGAAACAGGUUUUUAUUUAAUUACAGAGUUUAUAGAAGGAUUGGAUUUAAGAAGAUACCUCAAAUCAACUCCAAAGGCACCAAGAUGGAUAUCACGUGUCAACAUUGCACUGGGUGUAGCUAAAACAUUCCUAUUUUUACACUCAAAGAAUAUAUUGCAUAGAGAUUUAAAGUCAAAGAAUAUUUUAUUGGAUAUCUCUAGAAAUCAGAUAAAGUUAUGCGAUUUUGGUUUUGCUCGUAUUGGCAGUCAGUAUAGCAGCGGCUCAGACAGUAGCUCUAGCGAAGAAGAAUCAGAUCCUGAAGUGGUGCAGACUGAAGGCCCUUAUGCAUUCAAUGGUAAUGGUAGAGCCGCUCAUUAUAGGUUACGAAGAAUGUCCAUUUGUGGUACACCAAGCUUCAUGGCACCAGAGGUAUUACUACAACAAAAAUACGAUUGGAGUAUAGAUGUUUUUUCCUUUGGCAUUUUAAUGUCUGAAUUGAUAACACUGAAAAGGCCAGGUAAAGACUAUUGGGUUAGAAAUGCAAACAAUGGUUUCGAUAUUAACAUAGAAGAAUUAAAUUCACAUAUACCUUCACCAAAUGAUUGUCCAGUGCAAUUUUAUGAUCUCUGUUUAAAGUGUUGUUCAUAUAAAAAUACAAAUAGACCAAAGUUUUCAGAUAUUGUAAAUAUUUUAGAAUCAAUUAAAGAUCAAUUAGAAUCAUCAGAACAACCAUUAAAAAAACAAUCAUCUUUUAAUAAUAGCAAUAGUAUAAAUAAUAAUAAUGGUAAUAGUAAUAAUAAUAAUGGUAAUAAUAAUAAUUCUUGUAUAGAUAUAGAAAAAUUAAAUAUUAGUAAUAAUAGUAUAUGUGAAAUUAGUGUUAGUAAUAAUAGUUAUAUGACAAAUAAAAGUAGUAGUAGUAAUUUAUUGUCAACAAGUAGCGCUUAUCAACCACAGCAACCAUCACCAUUACAACAAUCGCAGUCAUCACAACAGUUACAUCAAUCACAAUCACAACAACAACAACAACAAAAAUCAAAAAUUGUUGGUAAAUUAUUAAGUUCAAAUUUUGAUUCUUGUGUAACUACAAACCCAAUUUCAAUAUUUAAAGAAAGAAAGAGGCCACAAUCAUUUAAUAAAUUAUUAAGAGUAAAUACUGCAAAUUUAUUAAGUACUAGUCAACAACAACUACAGCCUUUACAACAAUCACAAUCACAGGCCCAGUUACAAUUAGAUGAAUCAAUACCAUUACAACAAUAUGAUAAAGAAGGUGUACUUAAAUUAAAUCAAACUCAAUUCCCAAAUGGUUGGAAGGAAUUUGGUGUCGAUUCAACAGUUCAAAAAGUUUGGGUAGUUUAUCAAUCAAAUAUUGUUAAAAUCAAUCAAUUAUCUCAACAAACUCAAAUAAAUCAAAAUAAUAAUUUAAUUGAAAUAAUAUGUUGUAAUAUUAUAAAAUUAAAAAAACAUUCAAUUACUAUUGGUGUAAUAGACUGCAAUAAUUUAGUAACAGGAUGCUGUAUUGUUAAUGUGAAGCCAUAUAUAAAAGAAUAUCCACAUGUACCAAAAUUAUUUAAAUUUAAUCAACAAGAGCAACAACAAAAAGAAUCAAAUUUAAUUACAAACAAUUUAGAAUUAGAAAUUUUAAUUAAACUACAAGCUAGAACAAGAGGUUGGUUGGUAAGAAGAAGAUAUAGAUUGAUCGAAAAUGAAUUUACAUACAAGAGACAAUUAGAUCAAGUAUUAAAGUCAUAUUUAUUACCAAUUCAAUCGAAAUUUAGAAUCAACAAGCCAUUGUUAAACUAUAAGGAGAUUGGUUCAAUUUUUUCAAAUAUAGAGUCAUUAACAGAGAUUCACAACGAAUUGCUAAAGAUUGUUUCAGAGAUUUCAAGAUCACCAUUUUUUAUUAUGAAUUUUGAAACUGAAAGAGAUCAACCUCAAGAGAAAAUAUUGUUAAAUAAUAAUGAAGAGUUUACAAAUGUUUCGAUCAAUGCUAAAAAUAGUUCAAAUCAAAUCAAUUCGAUAACUCAAUUUAUUGUAAAGAAUAUUUCACAGAUAAAGAAUCAAUAUGGUAUCUAUACGUUCAAUUUCAAGUUUGCUACAAAUAUUUUGAAUUGGUGUAAAUUAAACCCAGAUUUAACAAUAUUUUUGGAAGGUAUAAGAAAUCAAUUAAACCAGCAAUUCCCCGAAGAAGAGAAUGAUUUGUCAUCACUUUUAAGUUUGCCAAUUAAUAAAAUUCAAAAGUAUCUAUCAGUAUUUGAAAAGUUGGCACAAAUUACACCAAUUACUCACUCUGAAUAUAAAGAUAUUAAGACAGCUUAUACUUUAAUAAAAGAAACAAGCAACUAUAUUCAAACUCAGUUGGAAAUGUCAUUCGAACAUAGUCAUAUCAUGAGUAUGGAUAUCAUGCUUCAAAGAAAAGAUAAUGUUUCCUUGAUCCAAAGCGGUAGAUGGUUCGUCAAACAGGGUUUAUUAGAAUCUUUGAAUAAAAAUAACAAACAAUAUUAUUUGUUUUUAUUAUCAGAUAUUUGUUUAAUAACUAAACCAAUUAAAUCAAAAUCAAACAGUGAAUCAAAGCAUAAUCAUCACCAUCAUCACCAUAAUAGAGAAUUCAAUUUAACCACAUCAAAUAAUAACCUCAGUAACUAUAGGAAUAAGAGUAAUAAUAAUAAUAAAGAAGAUUUGGCAAAUAGUAUAAAUACAGGUUUAGCUACCUCAACCGCAACAAAUAAAGAGGUAUUGGUGAAUAAAAAGUAUUUCUAUAGAUUAAGAAAAACUUUAAGUUUACACGAUGUUUCAAUGAAAAUUAAUCCAGAUUCGCCAAAUAGUGUAUUAUUCUUCAUCCCAAACAAGGUUUAUAAAUGGAGUCUACCAACCGAGGAAGAGGCUAGAGAUUGGGUAAAUGACUUUGGAAGAACCACAAUUCUUAUUUAUCGUAAUCAAUCAACUAAUGGUGCUUCAGAUCAAAAUGAAAUGAAUCAAAUCCAUCAUAUUAAUAAUCAAACAUUACCAUCAGCAAGUGAAGCUAAAGAAAAAGGUUUUAUAAAAAGAUUUAGAUUAAGUUUUAGUGCCGGUACUGAUAGAAAACCAACAUUGUAUCAAAUUCAUUCUUCAUCUUCAUUGACAUCAGAAACGACCAGUAUUAAUAGUGGUGGUAUUUCAAGUAAUAAUAAUUCACCAAAUACCCCAAUUAAAUCAGUAUUAUCAUCUCCAUCAAUAAAUUAUACACCACUAAAUAAUAAUGAAAAUAAUGAAAAUCAACAAACAAAUCAAGAUUUCCAAUUUGCAGUACCAACAGCUCCUGCUGAUAAGAAAAAGAAGAGAAAUAGCUUUUCAAGUAAAUUAAAAAGAUUAAGCGUUACAUUUGGGGAAAAUAAAAAAAAUAAAGAACAUUCAAGAGAAUAA